AUGGAAGUGGGUUUGAAGGGUAUUUUGGUAAAUUCGCAUGUGACCCCAAAUGAAAAAAGAGAAAGCGGGAAGAAGCGAGGCACAACUUGCGAGCCAGAGAGGCAGAAAAGCCUGCCCUUCUGUAAGGGCACAUGUGAAGUGCAUGUAGCUGAAGUCACUAUCUACCCUGUGUAA